AUGGGAUCUCCACUCUUACCUCUUUUGGCAAAUGUGUACAUGGAUAAGUUGGAAAGGGACUUCGAGAAGUCACCACUGCAACCAAGAGUGCUUGUCCAAUACUUGGAUGACUACUUUGCACUUUGGUCACAUGGUAAUGAAAAUUUGAAUGGAUUCCUAAAUUUAAUUAAUCAACUUGAUGGAAGAAGUAAAUCCACAAUGGAGGUGGAUAAGGAUGAACGACUACCCUUUCUGGAUAUUGAAGUCAUGCGCUCCAAAGGGACACUCAUGAGGAGGGUGACUAAUUCGAGGCAAAAGCCUCUGAGUAAUUUUCAUGGUCAGGCAUUUGCUACAUGGGCCACGUCUAUGGUUUCUUUAAAAGAGGAUGUCCACAGUCUCCCUUAUCUUCCGUUAUCUGGUGUUCUCCCCAUAUGGGGCCGGUCUUUGCGUUGCUCUUCAGUCAAUUGUGUGGCCGAUGAGAGAGAUGUGUUCAGAUAUCUCCGGUCUUAG